AUGGGUCCUUACAAUCAAUAUACACAACAAACGACAGCUUAUACUUCGUCAACCAGACAACCAGGAAGCAGCAGCGGGGUCGCAGGUGGUUAUACACAAAAUGGCAGUGGUGCUGUUCACAAGAACAAUGGUAAAAGUUCUGGAACGACGUCAACUUCAAGUUCAUCAAGUUCUUAUGAUUAUAAACGCUAUCCUGCUGGUACUAAUGCUCAAAAAGUAGGUGCAACAGCAGUUGGUGCAACAACAGUUGGUGCAACAGCAUAUGGUACAGCAGCACCUGUUGGUGGCGUAGCUGGUUAUUAUGAACAACAACAAUACAGUGCUGGUGGUGGAGCAGGUUACGGAGUUUACAGUGGUUAUGGUGAAUCUCAUUAUGGAAGUGAAGGUGGCUAUGAUAAUUCAGGCGAUAUGUAUCUUCGCCGUCGCCAAGGACGUAUUCGUCGUCAAGCCAUUCGUUUACCAGAUCAGCCAGGUGCUGUACGACAAGUUCGACAUCGAAUGCCUACACCAGAACCAGACAUUCUUGAACGUGUUUACAUUCGUCGUCAACCAGGUGAAAUCGUAGAAGAAAUUAUUGAAGAACCGAUGACACCACCACCUCGUGUUCAAGAACGUACUGUUGUUGAACCAUCUGGACCACCACAAGUCGUUCGCAAAGUAAUUCGUGUACCACCACGUGGACAAGGUUAUCAACAUCAACAACAAGAGACACUAAAUCAAUAUGGAAGUUUAAGUGGUGCAAAUGCACCAGCAGCUGGCAGUGGUGCCUAUGGAGCUGGUUACGGACAAUCAGGACAAGGAUAUAGUGGUGGAGGUAGUUAUUACAAUUCAAGUAGUGCUAUUGGUACUCAACAAGGAGGACCUCAAGGUUAUGGACUAACUGGCUAUGAAAGAUAUCAAGGACCACAACCACAAGCUGCCGGUACUCAAUUCGGUUAUAGUGCGUCAAAUGCACAAGGUAUAGCAAGUGGAGGCAUGUAUCCACCACAACCAGGAUUUCCACAACCAGGAUUGCCACAACCAGGAUUUCCACAACCAGGAUUGCCACAACCAGGAUUUCCACAACCAGGAUUGCCACAACCAGGAUUUCCACAACCAGGAUUGCCACAACCCGGAUUUCCACAACCCGGAUUUCCACAACCAGGAUUACCACAACCAGGAUUUCCACAACAAGGAUUUCCACAACAAGGAUUUCCACAACAAGUACCACCACCACCUGGUGUUCCACCAAAUGCAUUCUGCUUUGAGGUUGGCGGUGGUGCAGCUCCAGGUCUUGCUACCGGUGCCGGAUUUGGUGCAGGUCUUGGCGCCGGUGCUGGAUUUGGCGGAUAUGGUGGAGGUGCAGCAUUUGGUGCAGCUCCAAGCUUCGGUGCAGGUGCAGCGUUUGGUGCAGCUCCAAGCUUCGGUGCAGCCCCAAGCUUCGGUGGAGGUGCAGCAUUUGGUGGAGGUGCAGCAUUUGGUGGAGGUGCAGCAUUUGGUGCAGCUCCAAGCUUCGGUGCAGCCCCAAGCUUCGGUGGAGGUGCAGCAUUUGGUGGAGGUGCAGCAUUUGGUGCAGCUCCAAGCUUCGGUGCCGCUCCAAGCUUUGGUGCAGGUGCAGCAUUUGGUGGAGCUCCAAGCUUCGGUGCAGCUCCAAGCUUUGGUGCAGCUCCAAGCUUCGGUGCAGCUCCAAGCUUCGGCGCAGCUCCAAGCUUCGGCGCAGCUCCAAGCUUCGGUGCAGCCCCAAGCUUCGGUGCAGCCCCAGGCUUCGGUGCAGCCCCAAGCUUCGGUGCAGCUCCAAGCUUCGGUGCAGGAUUUGGUGCGGCUCCAGCAUUUGGUGCAAGUGCAGGAUUUGGUGCAGCUCCAGCAUUUGGCGCAGGUGCAAUGGGUUAUGGUGGUGGCUUCGGUGGAGCAGAAUUAAGCAGUAUUGCCAGCUACGGAGCCGGUGCAAGCUUUGGUGGUGUACCUUUUGGUGGUGCAGGCUUAGCAGGAUAUGGUGGAAGUCCAUGUGCUGGUGGUUUUGGUGGUGGUGCAAUGGGCGGUUAUGGUGGUGGUGCAAUGGGCGGUUAUGGUGGUGGUGCAAUGGGCGGUUAUGGUGGUGGUGCAAUGGGCGGUUAUGGUGGUGGUGCAAUGGGCGGUUAUGGUGGUGGUGCAAUGGGCGGUUACGGUGGUGGCCUAAUGGGCGGUUUCGGUGGUGGAGCAAUGGGCGGUUAUGGUGGUGGUGCAAUGGGCGGCUAUGGUGGCGGCCUAAUGGGCGGUUAUGGUGGCGGUCUAAUGGGCGGUUUUGGAGGUGGUGCAAUGGGCGGUUUAGGUGCUGGUGCCAUGAGCGGUUUCGGCGGCUGUGGUGCUGGAAUGGGCAGCUUUGGUGGCGGACUUGGAGGUGGAUUAAGUUCAUAUGGUGCUCCUGUGGGUGGUUUUGGUGGUUUUGGACAAGCUGCAUUACCAUACGGUGGAAUAGGUGGUGGCAGCUUUGGUGGUAUGUCUCCUUAUGCCGGUGGAGCUUCGUUCGGCGGUGCUUCUUUUGCUGGUGGCGCUUCAUUCGGUGGUAUGAAUCCAUGUGUUGCUGCACCACCAAUGCCACAAAUGUCAAUGCCAUGCCUCCCUCCACCAAUGCCACAAAUGUCAAUGCCAUGUCUUCCUCCACAAAUGCCACAAAUGCAAAUGCCAUGUCUUCCUCCACCAAUGCCACAAAUGCAAAUGCCAUGUCUUCCUCCACCAAUGCCACAAAUGCAAAUGCCAUGUCUUCCUCCACCAAUGCCACAAAUGCAAAUGCCAUGUUUUCCACCACCAAUGCAAGCUCUUCCACCCCCACCGCCUAUUAUCCAACAUGUUCCAGUACCUGUACCACAACCAUGCCCUGUUCCAGUUCCUGUACCAGUACCACAACCAUGCCCUGUUCCAUUUCCUGUACGCGAAUGUAUACCUGUACCACAACCUGUACCAGUUUGCAUACCUGUUCCAGUUCCAUCAGGUCAAAUUCAACAAGUACCUGUACCUGUUCCUCAACCAUGUCCAGUACCAGUUCCUGUACCUUACGAACGUAUUAUCUGUCAACCUGUUUGUAUCCCUGUUCCACAACCAGUACCUCAACCAUGCCCUGUUCCUGUUCCUCAAAUGUGUCCUGUACCAGUUCCUGUUCAAGGACCUCCUCAAUGCGUGUGUGUGCCUGUUCCUCAACCAUGCCCUGUUCCAGUUCCACAACCAUGCGCAGUUCCAUUUCCUGUACCUGGUCCAUCUCAAUGUGUACCUGUGCCUGUACCAGUGCCUGUACCUCAACAAGCACCUGCAAUGUCUAUGCCUGCCCCAUGCAUGCCUAUGCCUAUGCCUAUGCCUAUGCCUGCCCCAUGCAUGCCUAUGCCUAUGCCUAUGUCCAAUCCCUGUGCUUCAUUCGGUGGCGGAUUGGCAGGUUACGGUGCUCCAUUAAUGGGUGGAGCCAGUGGAAUGAUGGGUGGAGGUCUUGGCGCAUAUGGUGCUGGUAUUGGUGGACUCGGUGGUCUAGGAGGAUUAGGUGGCAUGGGAGGAUUAUGUGGUAUGGGAGGCUUAGGUUUACUUGGUGGCCUCGGAGGAAUGGGUGGACUUGGAGGAUUGGGUGGACUUGGUCCUAUGUGUGGUGUACCCAUUGGUUUUGGUGUGACGACAACAACACUUGGUGGUGGCCUCAAUCCGUACACAGACGAUUACCUCGGAGGUGGUGGCUUAGGAUAUGGAUCUACACUUGGUUACGGAGCGGGUGGCUAUGGACCUACGAUCGCUCGUGGUCGCUUUGGUCGAACAUUUUAA